UCCCAACUGCCAUUUUGUGGCAGAAGCUACUCUGCUAAAGCGGGAGAAGGAUUAAAACAAACUGCGAAGAAGCCUGCAUUUUUUACUAGCCGGUUAAAGUUUAUAGCACAGAUUCUGUGCUUUUGUCCAAGUUAAACGGAAGGAGAAAUAUACUAAAAUAGGUUUACAAUAAAGUAGCAGCUUGGGGCUUCAGUUCCUACCUAGCAUGGAAGGUGGACCAACAGAGGCUGUGGGGGUGAUGGAUGUUGCUACAAAAGACUUCCAAUCCAUCCAGGCUGUCCAUAGCCAAGAUGCCAUGGUGGCUGACCUUCUUCAGCAAGCUGCGGAAGCUGGGGGCGUGGUAGAAGGACAAGCUGGAGUCAUCCUGGAACAAGGUCAUAGGGAAGGAAUGGUAGCAGCUGCGCAGUCCCAGCAGCAGUUAAUGGAAGCGGGGGUGGGGGUUGGUGUGGAAAGUGGAACAGGGGUUGAAAUGAUGGUUAUGGAUUCAUUGGAUCCCACCCUGUUGCAGAUGAAGACUGAGGUGAUAGACGCUGCAGUACGGGGUUCAUCAACAACAGUGGGUGUGGUUGGAGGUGUAGCAGGCGCUGCACACCAAGCCACUGUGACAACAGUUGACCAAACUCAAAUCAUCACCCUACAGGUUGUAAACAUGGAGGAGCAGGCGGCUUUGGGCCUAGGGGAGCUCCAGCUGGUCCAGGUACCAGUUUCCGCCACAACUGUGGAGGCUCUGCAACAGGGCACAUUUGUAGACACCACGGCAAUGCCAAAGGAUGGAGAACCGGUUAUCUGUCACACACUGCCACUGCCUGAAGGAUUUCAGGUUGUUAAAGUUGGUGCUAAUGGGGAGGUAGAGACAGUGGAGCAGCAGGAGGAGGAAGGAGCAGAAGCCCACCCUGAAGAGGAGGAAGAUGAGGAAGUGGGGAGCCAGCUGCUUGAAGAAGGGGAGGAAGAGCCUAUUCAACCAUCAAAUGAUGACCUUAACUGGGCCAAAGAUCCAGACUAUCAGCCUCCAUCUGGGGUUGUCAAGAAGACCAAAAAGGGUAAAAAGAGUCGUCUGCGUUAUGCUGAAGGAGAUAAGGACAUGGAUGUCAGCGUGUAUGAUUUUGAAGAAGAACAGCAGGAGGGCCUUCUGUCAGAGGUCAAUGCAGAGAAAGUGGUCGGCAACAUGAAACCACCAAAACCUACCAAGAUCAAGAAAAAAGGAGUAAAGAAAACGUUUCAGUGUGAGCUGUGUAGCUACACGUGCCCUCGACGCUCCAACCUGGACAGGCACAUGAAGAGCCACACUGAUGAGAGACCUCACAAAUGUCACCUGUGUGGAAGAGCCUUUAGGACGGUCACCCUGCUGAGAAACCAUCUCAACACACACACUGGAACUCGUCCGCACAAGUGCACGGACUGUGAUAUGGCCUUUGUGACUAGUGGAGAGUUGGUACGCCAUCGGCGCUACAAACACACACAUGAGAAACCAUUCAAAUGCUCCAUGUGUGAUUAUGCCAGUGUAGAGGUGAGCAAACUAAAGCGUCAUAUUCGUUCCCACACUGGUGAGCGCCCAUUCCAGUGUAGUCUUUGCAGCUAUGCCAGCAGAGACACAUACAAACUUAAGAGACACAUGAGGACACACUCAGGAGAGAAACCUUAUGAGUGCUACAUCUGCCAUGCCCGAUUCACCCAGAGUGGAACCAUGAAGAUGCACAUUCUGCAGAAACACACAGAAAAUGUGGCCAAAUUCCACUGUCCACACUGUGACACUGUUAUUGCACGCAAGAGUGACUUGGGUGUCCAUCUUCGUAAGCAGCACUCAUUUAUUGAGACUGGAAAGAAGUGUCGCUACUGUGACGCAGUUUUUCAUGAGCGCUAUGCUUUGAUCCAACACCAGAAAUCUCAUAAAAAUGAGAAGAGGUUCAAAUGCGACAUGUGUGACUAUUGUUGCCGCCAGGAGCGCCACAUGGUAAUGCAUCGUCGAACCCACACAGGAGAAAAACCAUAUGCCUGCAGCCAGUGUGAUAAGACCUUCAGACAGAAGCAGCUCUUGGACAUGCACUUCAAACGUUACCAUGACCCUAACUUUGUCCCCACAGCGUUUGUGUGCCCUAAGUGUAGCAAGACUUUCACUCGCAGGAAUACCAUGGCUCGUCAUGCUGAGAACUGCACCGGUGAAGUGGACGAUGCCGAGAAUGGAGCUCCAACCCUAAAGAAAGGGAGGAGAGGAAGAAAGAGGAAGAUGAGGAGCAGGAGGGAUGAAGAUGAUAGUGACGACGAUCAUGCUGAACAGGACGAGGAGGAAGAGGGUGAAGAUGAGGAAGAAGUAUCACUUCUCCAGGAAGAGGAGGAGUCAGAAACCAUGGAACUCGACCAGGCCCCUGCAGCCAUCCCGGUACCAGCUCCUGAUGAGCCACCGGUCAAGAGGAAACGAGGCCGACCUCCAAAGAAUGCCCCCAAGCCUCCAACACCCAGGCAAUCAGUCAGAGUUGGUGCCAAAACGACAGCUGCUGCUGCCAUUAUUCAAGUGGAGGAUGAGAGCACUGGAGCAGUGGAGAACAUUAUAGUGAAGAAGGAGGAGGGUGAUGCUUCUACACCGACUGCUUUGGGGCAGGGUGUGGCCCUGAGUGUGGAGGGGGUGGGACUAGAUGAAGAAGAAGUGGAGACUGUUGAGCUGUCUGUAAAUGAGGAAACGUCAACAGCUGCUGCCAAUGGAGAUCUGACACCAGAGAUGAUCUUAAGCAUGAUGGACCGGUGAAUAUAAGAAAACGGCAUCACAUGUAGCCAGACUAUGACUAAAAUUUGCAUAUACACCUGAAUAUUUCUACAUGCUUGGCCUUCCAUCUUUCAUCUGUGUGUCUGUUUAUUGGCAGCCAUUUUGCCUCAACUGAAAUGACUUCAGAAAUGGCGACAACAAAAACAACCAUGCACAAAAAGGGAAGGUGCAUAUAGAUAUUAGUGCACAUUGUAUUCUCAUCCAUGUACGUUAACCUGCAUACUGAUCAUUGUGGCGCACACACACAUGCACGCACGCACAUGCACACCAGACCCUACUGCACACACCUGUGUCAUACUCCUCAUCAUAUACAGGUGUCCGAGAUUGCUCUGUUCUCUGUUUCAGUUGCAAAACAACACCCUAAGUUAAUCUUCAUGUAUUUUGCUACUUGUUCCUACCCAAAGCCACAUCCUGUGCACGUCUCUACCCACACAAUCUGCAUAUUGCUCAUCUGGAAACUCCCUCCUUUCCAUGCUGUCACAAUUUGUUUGCUGUACUAACCCUUGUGAGAUCAUGUAAAUGAAAUAGUUGAGACAGUUGCUAUAUAGUUUGAGUUGAAAUUGUAUUUUGACUUUUUUUCUGUAUUCUCUUUCCAUCACUGAUGGAAAAUACAGUAUUUGUCAUUCAUAGUGAAUGUUCUUCCUGUUCCACAUUUUGAAGGAGAAAGUAAAAAAUAUACAUCACAUAAAUGAAUGAUCAGUGCUGGUUGGAGAAAAUACAGUUAACCUUGAUUGGUAGAAUCUGAUGUUAUUGAAUAUUCUAAACUUCAGUCAAUAUGGAAUGUUCGCAAAACAGUUGAAUGAAGUAUUUAGCAGUGACAAAUAUUGUUUUGUUGGGUAAUAAACUGCUCUGUACAUUUA